AUGCUGUGGCUGCUGGUCAUGACCCUCCCCUGCCUGGGGCGCUCUGUGCCUGUGACCCCGGCCCCAGGCCAGGCCCUGCAGCGCGCGGGCAUCGUCGGGGGCCAGGAUGCCCCUGGGAGCAGGUGGCCCUGGCAGGUGAGCCUGAGAGUCAGCCGCGGGUACUGGAGGCACCUCUGCGGGGGCUCCUUGAUCCACCCCCAGUGGGUGCUGACCGCGGCCCACUGCGUCGGACCGGAAGUCCGCAACCCCUCAUACCUCAGAGUGCAGCUGCGGGAGCAGCACCUGUAUUACCAGGACCAGCUGCUCUCCAUCAGCAGGGUCAUCCCCCACCCCAGCUACUACACAAGCGAGAACGGGGCGGACAUCGCCCUGCUGGAGCUGGACGAGCCCGUGAGCAUCUCCUGCCACGUCCAGCCGGUCACGCUGCCCCCUGCGUCGGAGACCUUCCCCCCGGGGACGCAGUGCUGGGUGACGGGCUGGGGUGAUGUGGACAAUGGAAGGCGCCUGCCGCCCCCGUUCCCCCUGAAGCAGGUGAAGGUGCCCGUCGUGGAGAACAGUGUCUGUGACAGGAAGUAUCACUCUGGCCUGUACACGGGGGACAAUGUGCCCAUCGUGCGGGAGGACAUGCUGUGUGCCGGGGACAGCAGGAGGAACCCAUGCCAGGGCGACUCCGGAGGGCCCCUGGUCUGCAAGGUGAAUGGCACCUGGCUGCAGGCGGGCGUGGUCAGCUGGGGCGACGGCUGCGCGAAGCCCAAGCGGCCGGGCAUCUACACCCGCGUCACCUCCUACCUGGACUGA